AGAGAGAGAAUUAGACGCAUACCUGAACCUGGUCGGCACACCUGUCUGGCUGGUUGGAUUGGCUGAGGGAGGGAGGGAGGUACCAACUGUAAAGUCUGCAGUUACUCCAUCAUGAUGACAACAACCUCAGUCUCUCUGGAUACCUGUUGAGAAAAGACAGAAAGAGAGAAAAGGGGAAAAGUGUGUAACAAGGAACAACAAGAUAGAGGAGGGAAAGACUGACAGAAGACAGGACACUGGACAUUAUCCACCUGGAAGUCUCAAGGACCACAGAACAGCUGCAGAGUUCCAGACCAGUAGCCCUACCAGCCAGCCCUACCGUCUCCCCUGUAGAGCUCCAGACCAGUAGCCCUACCAGCCAGCCCUACCGUCUCCCCUGCAGAGCUCCAGACCAGUAGCCCUACCAGCCAGCCCUACCGUCUCCCCUGCAGAGCUCCAGACCAGUAGCCCUACCAGCCAGCCCUACCGUCUCCCCUGCAGAGCUCCAGACCAGUAGCCCUACCAGCCAGCCCUACCGUCUCCCCUGCAGAGCUCCAGACCAGUAGCCCUACCAGCCAGCCCUACCGUCUCCCCUGCAGAGCUCCAGACCAGUAGCCCUACCAGCCAGCCCUACCGUCUCCCCUGCAGAGCUCCAGACCAGUAGCCCUACCAGCCAGCCCUACCGUCUCCCCUGCAGAGCUCCAGACCAGUAGCCCUACCAGCCAGCCCUACCGUCUCCCCUGCAGAGCUCCAGACCAGUAGCCCUACCAGCCAGCCCUACCGUCUCCCAUGCAGAGCUCCAGACCAGUAGCCCUACCAGCCAGCCCUACUGUCUCCCCUGCAGAGCUCCAGACCAGUAGCCCUACCAGCCAGCCCUACCGUCUCCCCUGCAGAGCUCCAGACAAGUAGCCCUACCAGCCAGCCCUACCGUCUCCCCUGCAGAGCUCCAGACCAGUAGCCCUACCAGCCAGCCCUACCGUCUCCCCUGCAGAGCUCCAGACCAGUAGCCCUACCAGCCAGCCCUACUGUCUCCCCUGCAGAGCUCCAGACCAGUAGCCCUACCAGCCAGCCCUACCGUCUCCCCUGCAGAGCUCCAGACAAGUAGCCCUACCAGCCAGCCCUACCGUCUCCCCUGCAGAGGUCCAGACCACUACCUCUACCAGCCAGCCCUACCGUCUCCCCUGCAGAGGUCCAGACCAGGAGCCCUACCAGCCAGCCUUACCGUCUCCCCUGCAGAGCUCCAGACCAGUAGCCCUACCAGCCAGCCAUACCGUCUCCCCUGCAGAGGUCCAGACCAGGAGCCCUACCAACCAGCCUUACCGUCUCUCCUGCAGAGCUCCAGACCAGUAGCCCUACCAGCCAGCCAUACCGUCUCCCCUGCAGAGGUCCAGACCACUAGCUCUACCAUUUUCCCCAGAAUGGCUCUCUCCGGGUCGGGUGGCUUCCUCUCUGAGGAUCAGUUCAUCUGUUCUAUCUGCCUGGAUGUGUUCACCAACCCAGUCUCCACACCUUGUGGUCACAGCUACUGUCUGGACUGCAUCUCCACCUACUGGGAUGGAGGAGGAGGGAAGACGUGUGUGUGCCCGCUGUGUAAGGAGAGCUUCAGGAAGAGGCCGGAACUUCACAUCAACCGCACCCUGAAGGAGAUCACCGAGCAGUUUAAGAAGAUGGCGGACGGAUUGGACCGGGGGGCCAUGGUGUUUGAAGGAGGGAUUGAGAGUCAAGGUUGGGGUGGCGGUGGAAAUGAGGGGGUGUCAUACGGGGUUGAGCGUCCUCCGGUCCCUCCAAGACCCCCAGGGAUGGGUGUGAUGCCUGGGGAUUUGUUGUUGGAGAUGAAGACCAGGUUCCAACGACCUUCGAACUCCAGAACCCCUCCGCCCGUCCUCCACCCCCACCCGCCCUCACCCUUCUCCUCCAACACCACCGCCCUCUCGCCCCCUGCCCCUCCUGUUGUCCCACGCAGAUACACCCUGAGCGGGCCGGCUGAUUCCUCCACCGACGCGCCUCUCUGUCCUGAACACCAGAGGGGGCUGGAGUUCUUCUGCCGGACAGACCAGACAUGUGGGUGUGCCGUGUGCAUGGAGGGAGAGCACCAUGGACACCAGGUUAUACCAGCCAAGAGAGAGUGGCUCAUUAAGAAGUCUCAGUUGGAAAUCACAGAGGCAGAGCUGAGGGACAUGAUCACACAAAGAGAAAAGAAGGUGGAGGACAUCAGGACAUCACUGGAGAAUAUACAGGUGUGUGCGGAACAUGAGACAGCAGGCAGCAUGCAUGUGUUCUCUGCCCUGGUGAGCUCUGUGGAGAGGAGCCAGGCAGAGCUGUUGGAGGUGAUAGAGAUGUCACAGCGGGCUGCACAGCACCAAGGACAGACCCUCAUCAGAGACCUAGAGCAGGAGAUCUCUGAGCUGAGGAAGAGAAGCGCUACCCUCACCCAGCUAGCCCAGUCUGACGACUACGUACUUUUCUUCAAGACAUUCUCCACCCCGCCUCAGACCAGGGAUUGGUCGGAUGCUGUUGUGACCUCUGAACUCACCUCAGGGGCGGUGCUUCUGACUGUCAAUCAAAUGGUGGAGCGGUUUCGGGAGGAGCUCAAGAGACUGCCGGAGAUCUGUCUGCGUCCUCAACCUCAAACAGACCAAUCCGUGGGGAGAUAUAGUCCAAGGUUGCGUCCUCAACCUCAACCAGACCAAUCUGUGGGAAGAUGUAGUCCAAGUUUGCUUUCUCAACCAAACCAUGCUGUCGGAAGAAAUAGUCCAAAUUUACCUUCUCAACCAGACCAGUCCCUGGGAAGAAGUAGUCCAAGUUUGCGUUCUCCACCUCCACCAGAACACUCUGUAGGAAGUCCAGAUUGGCUUUCUCAACCUCAACCAGACCAGUCAGUGGGAAGAAAUCCAAAACCAAAGGUGAGGAGAGUGCAGGAAUAUGCAGUGGACAUCACCCUGGACCCCCUCACCGCCCACCCACGCCUGCUCAUCUCCGACGACGGCAAGCAGGUGCGCUGCUGGGACCGCUACCAGCCCGUGGCGGAUGGCCCCGAGCGCUUUGACCGUGUGGUCUGCGUCCUCGGGCGCCAGGCCUUCUCUUCGGGACGCCAUUACUGGGAGGUGGAGGUGGGUGGGAAGACGGACUGGGACCUGGGCGUGGCUAGCCACUCCAUCAACAGGAAAGGGAAGAUCAUAGUAAGCCCCGCCCACGGCUACUGGUUCCUGAGUCUCCGGGAUAAGAAGGACUACGCGUUCCGAACGGAACCGUCGACAGCGCUGGGCCUCAACCACAAACCCAACCGUAUAGGGGUCUACGUAGACUGUGAUAAGGGACAGGUGUCCUUCUAUAACGUGGAAGCUAAGAUGCUCAUCUAUACAUUCACCGACAGCUUCUCGGAUGUCAUUCAUCCCUUCUUCAGCCCUUGCACCAAUAAGUCUGGCAGGAACGAGGCGCCGCUCAUCAUUUGUCCUGUCUCGAUGCCUCUGGUGGACUGAGAUGGGUUUUAGUUUUUUUGUUCAUUCCUAAACGUAGUUUCGUUCAGUCUGUCCUUGUUCAAUGUUCUUCACUGAGCCAAUAGGACGGGACUGGAUAGGUCAAAGCAAUAUGGUGGAAGCUAUAGCUGAUGCGCCCAAUAUACCCAGAUGUCUCAUGUCAACAUAGGGAAGGGAACAAGGCCAGAAGAGAGGGAACAAUUUUCUGGAAUGAAAUACAGUCCCUUAGAACCAUUCAUAAUGACCUCCUGUGUUCUAUGGAGCUGACCAAUGGAUAAUCUGGAUACUGAGUCUGGAUUGGACUGAUCAUUUUGACCAAUACAACUCACUACAGUCCAUCAGUCUGAGAAUGAAGGAUUUCACCAUCUGUCCUUAUCACAGGAUGGAUGAAUCUGUCUAUAUAGGGUCAUAUGUGUCUCACAUGGCUCCCUAUUCACAUAUAGUCUGCUUCUUUGACCAGAGCCCCAUGGGCCCUAUGUAUUGCAUUACUAUAGGGAAUAGUGUGCUAUUUGUGACAUAACCACAGUCAUUACAAAUAAAACAUAUUACUUGUACAUUACAAUCCAGUUUUUGAAGAAUGUCCACAAUAAACCAAAUGUAAACUAUGUGGACUGGGAGCCACUGAGUAAGACCCAGAGACAAACACAAAGACAAAGAAUCCUUUAUGAGCCAGUCAAUUUAGUCAUCAUAUUCUACACAGAGUGGACAAAACUUUAAGAACACCUGCUCUUUCCAUGACACAGACUGACCAGGUGAAUCCAGGUGAACGCUAUGAGCCCUUACUGAUGUCACUUGUUAAAUCCACUUACAUCAGUGUAGAUGAAGGGGAGGAGACAGGAUAAAUAUGGAUUUUUAAGCCUUGUGACAAUUGAGACAUGGAUUGCGUAUGUGUGCCAUUCAGAGGGUGAAUGGGCAAGACUAAAGAUGUAAGUGCCUUUGAAAGGGGUAUGGUAGUAGGUGCCCGGCUCACCGGUUUGUCUCAAGAACUGCAACGCUGCUGGGAUUUUCACGCUCAACAUAUUGGAUAGCCUGGGGUGAAUGAGACUGAAUACUUUUUGGAAAACUAUAUUAGUGACAGAAUAUAUUUGAAUCAUGUUGUAAUAGGAGUUCAAUUGGAGGCUAAUCUAAUAAAUCAUUGCAUGAAUUUUUCUAAAAUAAC